UAUAUCAAUAAAAAGCUUACUACGCAAAACAGUUGCCAAAGUCGAGCACAAUCAUAGCCAAAACAGCUUGCAACAGCAGUGUGAGACGAAGAGUGGUGUUUUAUUGAAAGAAGUUUCUUGUUUACGCAGAUUUUUAUGAGCAAUGAUGACUAUUUUCAUGGGAUUGAUGUUUCCCGCUCAAAAGUGGUGGAGACUCCUCGUAAUUCUACCAGUGUUUCUACUCAACGUGGGCUUUAUCAGCGAUGCUGCCACAGUUCAGCUGCCUGCCGGUGAUCGUGGAAGUGCAACGGCCAAGCGUCAUCUAGAAGAUAUGGUCAACUCCGUCGACAUGUUUCUCGGUAGCUCGGCUAUUAAAGAUAAACUUGCUGAGUUGACCCAAAGUAGCGGGAGUGAAAGGCAACAAAUCAUUAUUUUGAAAAAGUCUGACAUUGCUGAUGAUAUUCCGGAGGGGGAACUACACAACACGUCCAUCGUCAGAAAAAUUGGUAGAUAUAACACUCGUCGUAAACACCACUAUUGAUAAGAUGGUGGACGGAGACGGAGUGAUGAUUGUGUUCCAAACGGAGGUGAAGCCACCGCCUCAUAAAAAGGUCUGCAAGACGGACGCAAACUGUGCCAAGCAACACUUCUGCCACCGGGAGAUAUUUCUUGGCUUCGAUUUGAGCUACUGCACAGCCUGUUCAAAAGACGGUGACAGGUGUCACGCUGACAGCCACUGCUGUGACAACAGACUUUGCCGUUGGGGGCGUUGUCGAGAGGGCGCCACCAGCGGACAGGUUGGGACGAUCUGCAGCAAAGAUUCGGACUGCGGCGAUAACGAAUGCUGCGCUUCUGUAGAAGGAAUUGCCGAGCCUGUCUGCCGUCCUCUUGCUACUGAAGGCCAGCAUUGCUGCGGUAGGGAAGAGAAGACCAAGGAAGAAAAUAACUCUUCAGCGCUUUCUCUCUUCGGCAAAUUAAUUGGUCGAAGGAGCGUCCCUCACCAGCUGCCGCACGAAUGUCCUUGCGUCAAAGGGUUGAAAUGUGUCACCUAUAGACAAACAAUAGUCAGUGUAUUCGACCUGCAAGAUGCCCAGUCUGGGGGAGUAUGUCUGCCGGCAUGGGCCGAGCCGGACCGACUAGUCGCGCCUGCACUGGACGAGAUCAGCAAACUUCAGGCCAGGCAAAUAGACAAGGUCAUCCGUACCGAUAAAGACGAGGAGUAACGAGUGAAAUGGCUAAGUAUUCAAGACAAAUAUCAAUGGUUACAAAGGCAAUUAUUUUCCCGCGCAAUUGGCCUUUCAAUUCAAAUGAACGCACGUUUAAACUUCCAACAUAUUCUAUAUAAAUAUUUUAUUUGAAAAUGCAUUUAAAACAUCUAAUUACUCUGAUUUGAAUUUAAAAAUCAUUAAAACCUACGCUACACAAGACAAGACUCAAAUAUAAACUACUCCAAAUAAACCACUCUUUGUUCAAUUUAAAAAAAGAGCAUUAGAGUUUGUGUAAUACACCCAACAUCUACAUGCACAGACAACCACAAAAUUAAUCCAGUUAAAAUUUUACAAACAUUCCUUACAAAAGCUAUACAUAUACUGGAUUAUUCUAGUUUUUUUAUUAAAAGGCUUAUACUUGCACUGUGUGUUGUUUUCUGUCAAUGCCGUAUACGUGCUAACAAUUAAACCAAUAAUUCAUGUAUACAGGGAAGUGUCGAUGUUUCCAAAGUACCAGUCACUGUUAGUGUAUUAUCCCUCUCAUAUCCAUGAUUCGUUUUCAUGCUUUUUUU